UUUUUGACAAAACAGCACCAACCCAUCUGCGCGCAAGCGAAAAGUUCAAUAAAAAAGAAGUAAAAGUUGGGUUUUGGGAAAAAAUUGUGGAAAUUCCCCCCAAACCAGGAAAAUUUAUGUGUUUAACAGUUAUCAACUAAAUCUGUGCGGGACGAAGUACAAAAAGAAACUUAAAGUUGGCCGAACAUUAUACCGUGUGUGCUGGGAAACGCCUUGCAGUUCAGAACGAUGCCAUCGAAAAAGAAAAAGUACAAUGCGCGAUUUCCGGCGGGAAGAAUAAAGAAGAUUAUGCAAACUGACGAAGAAGUCGGCAAAGUGGCGCAGGCGGUUCCCGUUAUUAUCUCUCGAACGCUUGAACUUUUCGUGGAGUCGUUGUUGACUAAAACACUCCGAAUCACAAAUGCUCGUAACGCGAAGACCUUAUCGCCGUCGCACAUGAAGCAGUGCAUAAUUUCCGAGAGUCGUUUCGAUUUCCUGCGUGAUCUGGUCAAAAACAUCCCGGAUAUUGGUGUCAACGAGGAACAGCUAUCCGGUUCCGAGGCUGGAUACGGAAACGAGGCAGCUGUUUCUCCGGCGUCUACAUCGACAUCUUCCUCUUCGAAUGGUGGUGGGGGUACAGGUCCUAUAGCAACAGCGAAUGCUUCGUCAAACGAGCCAGUUUCCACCAGCGUUCCGGUAAGUGGACAUGUGCUACAGCGUUCCGAGUCGUAUGCAGCAACCGGAAGCAGCUAUGCUAGUGCUUUAGCAGCUCAAGCACAGCCGGCAUCACAACCGCAAACCAACAGCUUGAAACGAACAUUGAAUCACACAAACAGUUUGAACUUCUACAAGGAAAUCUCGCUGGAUGAUUCUAGCAGUAGUGCCGGUGUCAGUUACAGCCGAGAGCCACCUCCAAAGUUAACUAGACUACACUCGGCACCGGCAGCGCCAAUCACUGCAACGAAUACGAUCCCUUUCAAGAUCGAUAUUCUGCCAACGGUAGCUGCGUCUAGUGCCACUACAAAACAGCAGCUAGUAUCAAAAGCAAGCAGCAGUACGGUGUCCAACAGCAGUAACAAUUACAAGAUCACCUACAAAAUAGAACCCCUCACACCUGGUACCUCUGGAAGUGCUGCAUCUGCCGUAGCCAAAACGUCAACGCGUGAUCCUCCGGUCAUCCAACUGGACUACUCCAAACUGCAGCUUCCGAUGACGAUGAUGUCGUCCGAACCGCUGCAACCGCACUCUACGAAGCCAUCCUCCCACACUCGCCAGCAGCAGCUACAGCCGACGAUCAAGAUUGACCUCAGCAAUAUUACCAACUUUAGUUCCAAGUCACAUCAACCACAGUCACCGGCGGCGGCGCUAACAGCAGGAAGCGCCAUAAGCUACAAACAAGUGCCUUUAACGCCAACUGCCAGCACACCGUCUACGCCACUGUCGGCGCUGAGCAGUGCUUCUUCGUCGGCAUCAUCUUUAUCAAGCUGUGGUGGCAGCGGUAAAAGUCCGUACAUCUUUCAACAUUCUCCAGCGCUUGCACCAUCAUCAUCAUCAACAUCAGCGUUGUCUUUAUCUACACCUGCUCUCACUACCAGUUCCAGUGGCCCAGGUGCACCGUUCUAUUCCGGUGUUUCCUCCACGAUUCCCGGCAUGGACGAAGACUAUGACGAUAUUUAACUGCUUGUGCUUUGAUGUAGUCAAGGAAGUACUUUGUUGUUUUUAUUUUCGCAGUUGAUCAUUUUAAUUUUUUCGUCACUUUUGUUGCAUUUAUCUACACUUGUAUGUACAAUGAAUUAUUUGUCUCUUUUUCUUCAGUAAUAUCUGGUAGAUUAGCUGAUUACAUUGAAAUUUGAAAUCGUGUACAGAAAUGCAUCUCUGGUAAAGCGAAAAUUGUUUCAUCCUGGAACAAGCUUCUUCGUUCUAAGAUAACGUGUGAAUACAAACAAUAGUGAAUGUAAGACUAUGAUUUCUUCAGAUUAGUUUUUUAUUGAAUUUCUGGCAUUAUUUAAUGGUUCCUGCUAACGACAGUAGAUGGUACAAUGAGUAUGAAGCUUGUCCAAUGCCUUGCCUUGGUCAUACUUUUGCACCAGACAAGACUAUGCUUGUCCAGUGGACAAUGUCCACACGCACUCGCGCGUUUGUGUUUUAAGUCAUUUUGUACAACAACCUGAGUUGAUAUUGAGGAAUAAAUUUAUAUAGGUUAAUA